GUUAUCUGUAUCUAUGAGGUUUUGUAUAACUGUAUCUAUGAGGUUUUGUAUAACUGUAUCUAUGAGGUUCUGUAUGACUGUAUCUAUGAGGUUCUGUAUAACUGUAUCUAUGAGGUUCUGUAUAACUGUAUCUAUGAGGUUUUGUAUAAUUGUAUCUAUGAGGUUUUGUAUAACUGUAUCUAUGAGGUUCUGUAUGACUGUAUCUAUGAGGUUCUAUAUGACUGUAUCUAUGAGGUUCUAUAUGACUGUAUCUAUGAGGUUCUAUAUGACUGUAUCUAUGAGGUUCUGUAUAACUGUAUCUAUGAGGUUUUGUAUAACUGUAUCUAUGAGGUUUUGUAUAACUGUAUCUAUGAGGUUCUGUAUAACUGUAUCUAUGAGGUUUUGUAUAACUGUAUCUAUGAGGUUCUGUAUAACUGUAUCUAUGAGGUUUUGUAUAACUGUAUCUAUGAGGUUCUGUCUAUGA